AUGUGGGGCCUCUUGCUCGCCUUGGCCGCCUGCGCGCCCGCGGUUGGCCUGGGGCUGGGGGCGUCCGGAGCUCCCGGUCUGGGCCUGGCACCGUCUGCGACCACCGAGGCCGCGGGCUCGACCCCUGCCCCGCGGAGCAACCCGACACAGCAACCGACGGACAAGGCCAAUGGGACCUUAGAACAGCACGUCCGGAUUCGAGUCAUCAAGAAGAAAAAGGUCGUUGUGAAGAAGCGAAAGAAGCUAACUCGUCCCAGGCGCCCAGUGACGGCCAGGCCUCUGGUGCCCACCAGCCCGGCAGGGACCCUCGCCCCUCCUGAGAAACAGGAACCAGGCUGUCCGCCGUUAGGCCUCGAGUCCCUGCGGGUUUCCGACAGCCAGCUUGAGGCAUCCAGCAGCCAGUCCUUUGGUCUCGGACCACACCGAGGACGGCUCAACAUCCAGUCAGGCCUGGAGGAUGGUGACCUGUAUGAUGGGGCCUGGUGUGCCGAGCAGCAGGACACCGAGCCAUGGCUUCAGGUGGACGCCAGGACCCCCAUCCGUUUCUCAGGCAUUGUCACACAGGGCAGGAACUCCGUGUGGAGGUAUGACUGGGUCACGUCAUACAAGGUCCAGUUCAGCAACGACAGUCGCACUUGGUGGGCGAGCAGGAACCGCAGCAGUGGGAUGGACGCGGUAUUUCCUGCCAAUUCAGACCCAGAAACCCCAGUGCUGAACCUCCUGCCAGAGCCCCAGGUGGCACGAUACAUUCGUCUGCUACCGCAGACCUGGCUCCAGGAAGGCUCACCUUGCCUCCGGGCAGAGAUCCUGGCCUGCCCGUUGUCAGAUCCUAAUAACCUGCUCCCUGAGGGCCCUGCUCUGGGAUCCGCCGACCCGCUAGACUUUCGGCAUCACAAUUACAAGGCCAUGAGGAAGCUCAUGAAAGAGGUGAACGAGCAGUGCCCCAACAUCACGCGCAUCUACAGCAUCGGAAAGAGCCACCAGGGCCUGAAGCUGUAUGUGAUGGAAAUGUCGGACCAGCCCGGGGAACAUGAGCUGGGAGAGCCCGAGGUCCGCUACGUGGCCGGCAUGCACGGCAAUGAGGCCCUGGGGCGGGAGCUGCUGCUGCUGCUCAUGCAGUUCCUGUGCCGCGAGUACCUGCGAGGGGACCCCCGCGUGACCCGACUGCUCACCGAGAUGCGCAUUCACCUGCUGCCCUCCAUGAACCCUGAUGGCUAUGAGACCGCCUACCGCCGGGGCUCUGAGCUGGUGGGCUGGGCAGAGGGCCGCUGGAACUACCAGGGCAUCGACCUCAAUCACAACUUCGCUGACCUCAACACACCCCUGUGGGAUGCCGAGGACGACGGGCUGGUGCCCCACACGGUCCCCAACCACCACCUGCCACUGCCCACUUACUACACCCUGCCCAAUGCCACUGUGGCUCCUGAGACACGGGCAGUGAUUGACUGGAUGAAGAGGAUCCCGUUUGUGCUCAGCGCCAACCUGCACGGGGGCGAGCUGGUGGUGUCCUACCCGUUCGACAUGACCCGGACCCCGUGGGCUGCCCGCGAACUCACGCCCACAGCGGACGAUACCGUCUUUCGCUGGCUUAGCACCGUCUAUGCCGGCACCAACCGGGCCAUGCAGGACACCGACCGCCGGCCCUGCCACAGCCAGGACUUCACCCUGCAUGGCAACAUCAUCAACGGUGCCGACUGGCACACGGUGCCUGGGAGCAUGAAUGACUUCAGCUACCUACACACCAACUGCUUCGAGAUCACGGUGGAGCUGUCCUGUGACAAGUUCCCCCAUGAGAACGAGCUGCCGCAGGAGUGGGAGAACAACAAAGAAGCCCUCCUCACCUACCUGGAGCAGGUGCGCAUGGGCAUCGCAGGGGUCGUGCGGGACAAGGACACGGAGCUCGGGAUCGCGGAUGCUGUCAUUUCCGUGGAUGGGAUCAACCACGACGUCACCACGGCGUGGGGCGGGGAUUACUGGCGCCUGCUGACCCCAGGGGACUAUAUGGUGACUGCCAGUGCCGAGGGCUACCACAAGGUGACACGCAACUGCCGGGUCACCUUUGAAGAGGGCCCUGUCCCCUGCAAUUUCCUGCUCACCAAGACCCCCAAACAGAGACUGCGAGAGCUGCUGGCAGCAGGGGCCAAGCUGCCCCCGGACCUUCGAAGGCGACUGGAGCGGUUGAGGGGACAGAAGAAUUAGCACCUCCAGCUGCAGAGCCCAGGGGCCUUGGGCAGGCUGGACCUGUCCAGAACUGAACGGGAAAAGACGGGAGAAGCAGGGCGGGGCAGA